AUGGCCAAGAAGGGGGUCAUGGAAGGAGCCACUGAGAAGAACGGGUCCCGUCAGGCUGGGGGGAGCAAGGGUUCCCUCCGAUGGGCUCUGUCACGCCUCACCGCCCAGCGGGAGAAGCUCCACAAGAGGAUGGUGGCCCAGCCCUGGGCCAGGGACACCCUUGCCACGUCCCAGGUGCCCAGCCAGGCUCCGGUCCCCGUGCAGCUGCUCACUGGCACGCAGGGCUCCCAGCGCAGCCGGCGGGGGCUCCUCUCGGCUCACUCCCUGCAGGAGCUGGCACCGGUGGCCAUUGCUUUCCCCUCCUUGCUUGCCCCGCUGCCUCUUCCCUUUUCUUGCUCCCACCUCGACAGCUCUCGUCUGCAGCAGGAUCGAGCUGACGAUGCCAGCCCGGUGCCCUCAACCUCCAGCACGUACCACGCGGUGAUCGGCGGGGUGGUUGCCGUCAUUGUCUUCCUCCUGCUCAGUCUUCUCAUCGUGUUGGGACACUACCUGAUCAGACACAAAGGUACCUACCUGACCCACGAGGCCAAGGGGUCGGACGACGCCCCAGACGCCGACACGGCCAUCAUCAACGCAGAGGGCGGCCAAGCCGGUGGCGACGACAAGAAGGAGUAUUUCAUCUAGGGGCGUCGGAGAGAGUGAGAAAUGGAGCCAACAGACCCUGAUGGAAACGGAAACCAGACCACAAACCCCACUCAACCCAACAGAUUUUCUCUCGCGCCCGGCACGGGCAGACGGACGGACAGAGGGAUGGCGGGGCAGAGAGCAGAGAGCGACCAGCCUGAGACAUGAUGCGUCUUCUUGAACUUGUACAAAACGUUAUUACUACGAACAGCGAAAGCCCCGGCCCCGUUUGCUUGCUUGCACCUCCAUCCCUGCGACCGGCACUCACGCAAAACACAGACCAACCAGUGAGUGAGCGACUUUCCUUCUUCCUUUGGACCUUUGCUUUGGUUUCGUGGCUGCUCUUUGCUUUGGGCCCUUGGUUGGGAUGUUGGGCUGGGGUCAGUGUAGCUCUUUCCUUUGUUUCUCUCCAUUUUGGUUUCUUUGACGUCCAAGGAUAAAAUCAGCUCCAGGCUCUGGUGC